GCCCCCAUGCCAGGCCCCGCCGUCGGUGUGUGCUCCCGGGCGGUGUCUGUGGCCGGGCCGUGCCGUGCCUGCCAUGCUGCCGCCGGGGCUCCUCCGCCGCCCGCUCGCCGCMGCCGCCCGCCUGGCCCUGCAGCGUGCCGGCCCUCAGGUACACCUUGCAACAGGGCCCAGACAAAAUAAUGGCGUUUUCUAUGAAAUCCGCACAUAUGAUAUUAAGCCAGCGAGGAUGAAGGAGUUUGUGGAAAUGGUCAACAAGUACAUUCACUUCCGCUUAGCUCACUCAGAGCUGGUGGGAUUCUGGCACACGGAGCUGGGAGCGAUGAAUAAGGUGUUUCACAUUUGGAAGUACGAUAAUUUUGCUCACAGGACAGCAGUCCGGCAGGCACUAGCCAAUGACAAAGACUGGCAGGGAAAAUUCAUCUCUGUGGCUCUCCCCCUGGUAGAGAAGCAGCACAAUGAGGUUGCUUAUCUGGUGCCCUGGUGUCAACUUGGGAAGCCUCCAAAAGAAGGGGGGGUAUAUGAAUGGGUUACUUUCCAGAUGAAGCCUGGUGGGCCAGCAUUGUGGGGUGAAGCAUUUCGAGCUGCAAUCAACGCUCACAUCAAUACAGGAUAUACCAAGCUGAUUGGUGUUUUCCACACAGAAUAUGGAUUACUUAACACAGUCCAUGUGUUGUGGUGGAAUGAGAGUGCAGAUCACCGGGCAUCGGGAAGACACAGUGCCCAUGAAGAUGCCAGAGUCGUAGCAGCAGUGCGUGACAGUGUCAGAUUCUUGGAGUCCCAGCAAAAUGCACUUCUGAUUCCUCUGCAAUGCUCACCACUGAAGUAACCUUCAUCUAAAGGAUGUAACUGAUGGCAGAAGAGACAAGAUGGAAGUGCUGUCAGCAAGUGACAUAGAUCCUCAUACCCUCAUGAGCUGAGCUGUUCUUCACUUGACAAAAAAUGGAUUCAAAAUGCUGCACAAGCAAUGUAAAUCAGCUUUCUGAUACCAGUUGCUAAAGAAAACUUUAGGGUGAUGUUUCUACGUCCCCAGGAAGAACUUGGGCCAUAUCAUGACACAAACCGUGCUUCACCAGUCUUCGAUUUUAAUCCCUAAGUUCUUCACACUUUUUGCAUAGUUAGAUCACUUAUCAAACUCAGUAAAUUAAGUGCUCUUGUCCAGCAUUCCAUCCAGGGAUGCUAUCAUUUUCAUAACAUACUUUGAUGCCUCUUAAAAUUAUCACAUCUUAGUUAUUUCAUACACUAUAAAAAGGAAAACUCCCACAUGUAUCUUACCCAAUUAUGUUUGAAUCAGACUUCAGCAUUGGAAGGUUUUAUAUUGAUUCUCGUCAAUGUAAAAAUCAGUGUUGCUUAUUGCUACAAUGGGGCUGAUCAGAUACUAUAUCCUAAUGAGCUCUGCCACGAGACGUUUUACUUAAUUUGUUAAGGGUCACUUCAGCCUUUUCCUUUUUUCUAUUAAACACUGCCUCAAAACUGUGAGUUASCCUAACAAGCUUUGCCUUGGGUAUUCUCAUAUUUGUUUAGGGUGCUAAAGCGGAUUGUGUCACCACUUUUUGUCAGACUGUUGAAACCUAAAUAAAUGAGCAUAAAGCAUUCA